AUGAAUCGAAUAGAUGAUCUAUCAAUAAUAUCGUCACCUUGCGCUAUUAUGAUCUUGGAAUCGUUACCAGAUGAAAUUUUCGUUGAAAUUUUCGAAUAUGUAUCCAUUCAAGAUUUGUAUCGUGGUUUUUAUAGUCUCAAUCUUCGAUUUCGAAUGAUUAUUGCUUCUCUGACAAAUCUGCACGGUGAAACGACGUUCGAACGAGAAUUGCAUUCGCUACCUUUUCGUUUCUUUGCCUCACGCAUAACAAAGUUCAGUAUGCAUCAUGUUGAUUUGAUGGAUUUAUCACCAUUUUCAGCUGUUCGCUCACUAACAUUAUAUAUUGAACCGAAUCGAGCACAAUGCCACGUGAUUCGAGCCUUUUCUCAUCUCAAAUAUUUGUACAUUUCACAACGACCAAUAGACCAUUUUUAUUAUUCAGUGUCAUUACCACAUUUUGUCUUCACGAAUGCAUAUCCAAACUUGUAUACAUGUCAACUCAAUUUGAUUUCUUACCGAGUACAACAGCAUUGGACUUGUAUUCCAUCACUACAUACAUUGAGUGUUUGCUUAGAGAAUCCACGAGUUUUCACACAAAUACUUCAGUCUUGUCCGUCACUCACAAGAUUGAAAGUCGAACUAACGCAACAUUUUACUAGACCUACCACUCGAUUCGAUAUUGCUCCUCAUGUAUGUCUUCGCCGAUUCUAUCUUUACUUGAACCAAACCAUGUUUUCAUGUUGCGAUAUAAUCGAAAUCUUACUCUCGUUGGUACCCAACUUGACUAAUCUCGUCAUUCUAGGAGCUGCAUCCACGGUAUACUCUUUGAAUAUAAAUUCACUUGCUGAUAUGCUUCAUCGAUGUGUACCAAAAUUGCAACAUUUUUAUCUCAAUAUGUUUAUCGAAGAAUCACUGUCGAGAAUGGUAACCGAUUCCACUAAACAACAAAUUGGACAACUUUUUCGACUUUUCACCAACAUUCAAAUCUAUCCAUCAACACAGAAAGUACCAGCACGAUUAAUUAUUCAAGGAUGA